UGCCUCACCAACUGUAAGCCUCCAAACGCUUUUCUUCUUCUCAAUCCGCCGUAAAAAUUACAGACGCCAGAAGAAAAAAAGUGGUAACUGCCUGGGGCGUUUGGGGGAACUUGAACCAGGAUCUGGACUUGGGCACUGGGAGAAGGAGAUUUCGCCAGAAUCCGCGGAUCUGAAGGGCUGCGGGAGAACGUUUUAGAUGACCCUCAACGCCCUAGGCUGUAGAUGGUGAGGAGUCCGUCGCGGAUCUGGGGUUUCUCUGGGACUUUGGACCCGCGUUCACUAGCCCACACCCCGCGCUAAGCUGUGGACUACAUUUCCCAGAGGACAUUGCUCCCGGGAUGGUGUACUUUGCACAGGGUGUGUCUGGGUAGAGACCAGGUCGUCGAGAGCAUCGUUGGGGCAGCCCACUUCCCCGCGCCGCUGCAUUGCUGCAGCUGCUGCCCAGCAAGAUGAUUGGAGUCCUUAUCCUGCUUCUCCUUCUCCCCUUGCUCCUGUACAUCGCUGCACCCCAAAUCAGGAAAAUGCUGUCCAAUGGGGUAUGUACAUCAACUGUCCAACUUCCUGGGAAGGUAGUUGUCAUCACUGGAGCAAACACAGGUAUUGGCAAAGAGACGGCCAGAGAGCUGGCUCAAAGAGGUGCCCGUGUGUAUUUAGCUUGCCGUGAUGUACAAAAGGGAGAACUGGUGGCCAAAGAGAUCCAGGUUAUGACAGGGAACAAACAAGUGUUGGUGCGGAAGCUGGACUUGGCAGAUACUAAAUCUAUUCGAGCCUUUGCUAAAGAAUUUUUAGCAGAGGAAAAGCAUCUCCACAUUCUGAUCAACAAUGCAGGAGUGAUGAUGUGUCCCUAUUCCAAGACAGCAGACGGUUUUGAAAUGCACAUAGGAGUGAACCACUUGGGUCACUUCCUCCUGACCCAUCUGCUCCUAGACAGAUUGAAAGAAUCAGCCCCAUCCAGGGUAGUGAAUCUGUCUUCCUUAGCACACCACAUGGGAAAGAUCCACUUCCAUAACCUGCAUGGUGAGAAGUUCUACAACUCAGGCCUGGCCUACUGUCACAGCAAGUUGGCCAAUAUCCUCUUUACCCAGGAGCUGGCCCGAAGGCUAAAAGGCUCCAGUGUCACGACGUAUUCCGUCCACCCCGGCACAGUACACACGGAAUUGAUUCGGCACUCGACUUUCGUAAGGUGGAUGUGGCGGCUUUUCUCUUUCUUCAUCAAGACCCCUCAGCAAGGAGCUCAGACCACCCUCCACUGUGCCAUAGCGGAAGGCCUGGAGGGUCUGAGUGGGAGUCAUUUCAGUGACUGCUGUUUGGCCAGGGUCUCUGCCCAGGGUCGAAAUGAGACAAUCGCCAGGCGGCUAUGGGAUGUCAGCUGUGACCUGGUGGGCAUCCCUGCCCAUUGACAGGUGGUGGUAGUUGGACCCAAGAGAAGCCUGCAGCAGACUACUACCUUGCCAAAGUGAUCUUUCUUCAGGAUGGUUAAAAACUUGAGCACAAAGAGAGUAGACCUUCCACCCUUGCCUGUGACAUCUGAUAAAAGCCCAGUUCACUGCCAAAUUCAUGUAAAUGCCUUGCAUUUGUCCAGAUUUACUUUGCUCUUGUUACAGCCAGAAUUAAUUGAGAAACCUUAAGACCCUAAUAUGACCUGCAAGCUCUAUUUUCCCUUUGAAACCUACUCUCUAGAAGAAUCUAAGUUAAAGCAGGGUUCAUUUAUGAUAAUUUGGGCUAGUUUCUGCUUUCAUAAAUCACAGAACCAACCAACCAACUUUCAAGAGGGCCAGUCACACUGCAGCCUCAUCUGAACUCCAGGAGUCACAGUGUGUGGCUUCAGAGCAGGGCUCACCAUUACUCUUAAGAAUGCCAUCAGCUGAAUUCUUCAGGGAACUCUUACCUGCAUGUGGAUUGUGAUGUGGCUUUGCCUCUGACAACCCAAAGCCACUACUAUUAAGAUACUUGUCUAGAUCAUGGAAGAACUUCCUUUUCUAAGAAGUUUGUUUGGUUUGGGGAAAAGGAGAAAUAAGCUAUGAUUUAAAUGAUCAUUUUCUGCUGUUUCUGAGACCAGCAAUAUAAUAGAGAAAGGAGUAGCUUGGGAAAACAGUUAUUUAACCCCAGGCCCAUGGAAGCCUCCUUUCUGUGCCUUAGUUUCCUUUUGAAAAACCAGAAGACAGGAAAGGCUACUUGGUGAUUAUCACUGACUGUUCUCAUGUAUUUAUGCAGUUGGGAAUAUGUUCAUAAAAUUCAAAAUGUUCACAAAGCAACAGUUUUAAACAGGUAUGUGAUCAGAGGUGGAAUCAUCCAGUCUUGGAUAUAAGUGUAGAGCUGUAAAAAGAAGCAGAUUUUGUAUGCACAUGUUAGUGACUACUCGUCAAGAGGUAUGGAUAGCAGUGAAGAAGUCCAAACAAGAAAGGAAUACUGGGAGGUAAUGCAUGCAGAGAGGAAAUUAGUUAAUGACUUAACAAAUGAAAAGAUGGUACUAUCCAGCUCUAGAAGAAAUGAGGGUGAGCACCUGAGUUAACAAGACUGAUAAGACGAUAAUCUUAACCAGUAUCUAUCUACCAAAGGGGAGGGGGGCUGGGUAAGAGGAAAACUGAAAACAAAGCAACCCCAAUUUUUUGUUUUCAAAAAUGAUCCUAAGGAUGCUAUUGAUAAUUUGUCAAUUUAGUAAUCUUUCAAGAUAUUUCCUUACAUUAAGAAUAUGUCAAAAAAAAAAAAGAAUAUGCCUAUUUCCUAAAAGCCUACCUUUAAUCUGGAGAGCUUUUAUCAGAAUACUGUCAAAGGAAGUCUAAGGAAUUGGUCAUUCCCUCAUUACUUGUUUGGAGUAUGCUAUUUUAAUUAGGGUUUAUAGUUGUAGAAUCAUAUUACUUUGGUAGGGAUAAGAGCUUAUAGGAUCACAGUCUUCUCAUAAAUGUAAAUAACCUUUUGUUGAACUUAUUUUGAGCAUUUAACUUUAUAUUUAGAAAAUGUCAUUUUCUGGAAAUAGUGAAAAAUCUUUGAUAAUAAUGUAGUAAAAUAAUAUUUUACUUAAUAUAUAUUAAACUGUCAAUGACAAAAGUUCCUUGUUUUUAUUUACCAGAAUAAAAAAACUGUAAGAACUAAGAUAAAAUCAACAGAAGAAAAGAAUAAAGUGAAAAUUUAUAGUAAAAAAAAAAGGGAACUCUUUAUUAUUGUUGUUGUGUAUUUAUCAUUCUAAGGAUAAACUGCCCCAAAGACUAGCCACAGCAGUCUCAAUUCAAAUGCCAUUAACUUCAUUUGUGUGAUAAUUUGAUUAUUUGAUCACCCAUUUCUACUUUUACGACACUACUCAAAGAUUACUUUUCCCAUUUUUUCCUAAUCACCCCAAACUAUUCAUCAUGUCUCCUUUUUGUUCCUGCCCCUUCUAUUAACACAAU